CCCAGGCACCCAGAGGUCAUGAAGCUGGGAUUUGUUUGUGCACUGCUUUCUCUCCUGGCAGGGAGCAGCUGGGCAGACACCAGAGCCAUCGGGGCUAAGGAAUGCGACCCCCACUCCCAGCCCUGGCAGGCCGGUCUCUUCUAUCGCACCCACCUCUUCUGUGGGGCCACUCUCAUCAGUGACCGCUGGCUGCUCACAGCUGCCCACUGCCACAAGCCGUAUCUGUGGGCCCGCCUCGGAGAGCAUCACCUCUGGAAAUGGGAGGGUCCAGAGCAGCUGUUCCGAGUCACGGACUUCUUCCCUCACCCUGAGUUCAACAAGGAUCUCAGAGCUCAAGACCACAACAAUGACAUCAUGCUGAUCCGUCUGCCCAGGAAGGCACAUCUGGGACCUGCUGUGCAGCCCCUCAACAUCAGCCACACCUGUGUCUCCCCAGGCACCCAGUGCCUCAUCGCAGGCUGGGGAGCCGUGUCCAGCCCCAUGGUGCAGUACCCGCUCACGCUGCAGUGUGCCAACAUCAGCAUCCUGGAGCCUAGACUCUGCCAUCGUGCAUAUCCAGGCCACAUCACCAAGAGCAUGCUCUGUGCCGGCCUGUGGGAGGGGGGCCGGGGCUCCUGCCAGGGUGACUCUGGGGGCCCCCUGAUUUGUCACGGGACCCUGUCUGGUGUGGUGUCUGGAGGCGCCGAGCCCUGCUCCAGACCCAAGCGCCCCGCCGUCUACACUAGUGUAUGCCACUACUGGCGCUGGAUCAGAAAAACAAUGAAGGAAAACUGAGCCCUCGUGCCUUGGACGACCUCGAGAGGAGAGCGGGCGUAGGGCAGAGAGGCUCCAGCCUCCGUUGUCCCGGAGAAGCUUUCUGGAUAUUUAGAAGGUUUGGCGCAGAGAGAAACCUCCACCCUCCUGGCCCUGUCUCCGACUUCGCCAAGAGCUGGCACCACCCGGUGGAACAGCCUCAGCAGGCGGUCCUGCCGCAGGCACUGAAAGCCGCCAAAUAGCUCCUCCCCUCGGAACUUUGCCCAAUGAGACGUCCCUACUUGGACUCCACCCCGUGUGGCCCCGCCCCCUAACGUCAGGGGCUCUGGAGCCUCCCCUAGUGGCCCACAGGCUGCCUCUGGCUCCGCCCCUCUUGGCCCCGCCUUCUGGGGGGUGGGGGGUGGGUUCUGAGUUUGAAUCCUCCCCCGCACCGUCUGGGAGAAGUGCAGGGGAGGGUCUCGCUCUCUUCAGAUCCAAUGGAU